AUUAUGAACGAAGAGGAGCAGUUUGUAAGCAUUGAUUUGAAUGAUGACAACAUCUGCAGUGUUUGUAAACUGGGAACAGACAAAGAAACACUCUCCUUCUGCCACGUUUGUUUUGAGCUAAAUAUUGACGGAAUACCAAAAUCUGAUCUCUUGCACACCAAAUCGUUAAGGGGCCAUAAAGACUGCUUUGAAAAAUAUCAUUUGAUUGCAAACCAGGAUUGUCCUCGAUCUAAGCUUUCAAAAAGUACUUAUGAAGAAGUUAAAACUAUUUUGAGUAAGAAGAUAAAUUGGAUUGUACAAUAUGCACAAAAUAGGGAUCUGGAUUCAGACUCCGAAUGUUCUAAAAACCCCCAGCAUCACCUGUUUAACUUCAGGCAUAAGCCAGAUAAAAAGUUACUCCCACAGUUUGACUCUCAAGUACCAAAGUAUUCUGCAAAGUGGAUAGAAGGAAAUGCAGGUGGCCUCUCAAACUGUACGCAACGAAUGUUGGAACAGAGGGAGAACACAGGCUUCGGGCUUGCUGUGUUACAAGAUUCGGGUAACACGUUAUGCCACAACAGUGUACGGUGGCCUCAUAGUCACAACCGGGAACAGAAAAAGGAAAAGACAAUCUCUGGUCCAGAGGCUCAUGUCCAGACCCAGCAUCCACAUUACAGCAGAGAGGAAUUGAAUUCGAUGACUCUUGGUGAGGUAAAGCAACUGAAUGCAGAGCUCCAACAGCAAAUACAGGAAGUUUUUGAAGAGUUAACCCACCAAGUGCAAGAGAAAGAUUCUUUAGCCUCAGAACUCCAUGUCCGCCACGUUGCCAUCGAACAGCUUCUCAAGAACUAUUCCAAGUUACCAUGUCUGCAGAUGGGCCGAACGGGAUUGAAGUCACACCUGCCCAUAAACAACUGA